GGUGCAGUGACCCCGUCUUGGAAACUUUAGCGGUGACACCUCUCUGCGAAUGUUUUUUUUUUUCCGUUUGUUGUGGUUAUUGACAGAGCCCCUCAUUGGAAGCGUGGACUAAAGCUAGCUGCAACAGGCUAACAUAAACAAGAGGAAAGAUUACUGUAUACUGGUGCCUGUGCCUGGACAGUUUUGGCCCGAGGAAGCUGCAAAACUUGUCUGAGCUUGCCAGCGGCAGCCCAGCAGUACACUGAUUGGAGAGACACCUGCUCUUCGCAAUGGCUCUGUUGACUCUGCAUCGGAUCCCCUCCAUCAGCGCUGUUCCCGAUGAAAGCACUCAAAGAAGAGGGAGAUUUCAGAAAAGGGAGAGUUUUGCCCUUGUCAAGGGCGCAAUGCUCCUGCUGGAUGAGGCCCACAACGAGGAGCUUCACAAGGAGACGCCUCCCCAGAAACAAGAAGACGGUGCUCCAGACAAGCGUCACAGACACAUCCACGCCAUGGUUGAGCUACUUCGACCAGAAGAUAGCAUUAAGCUGGCCGUGCAGUUAGAGUCUGUCAGCACAGUCCGAGUCAGGUAUCUCAUUGUCGUUUCCACCCUCGCUAACAAGGACGAGACCAUCCUGCUUGGUAUGGAUUUCCCCAAGCAGGAGAGUGAUGAGUGCACCAUCGGCUUGGUUCUGCCCAUCUGGAGCGACACGCAAGUGUAUCUGGACGGAGACGGUGGUUUCAGUGUCACAUCAGCAGAAGAAACCAGACUUUUCAAGCCGGUUUCCAUGCAGACCAUGUGGUCAGUCCUGCAGUCUUUGCACGGCUGUUGCGAGCGGGCCGUCAAGGGCGCCGUGAUCCCGGGCUGCGGGCUGGAGUGGGCCCAGCACUACCGCCGCCACGUUGAGUCGGACCGCUGGUGCCUCAAUGAGUGGGAGGCCAUGAAUGACUUGGAGUCGGUCAGGAAGGACAGCGACAGUCAUAAUACUGCAGAGAGAAACUCUAAAGAAAGGCUCAUCAAGGAACAUUUGAGAGACAUCAUGAGGACAGAAGACCUGGAUAACCUCACAUCUAAGUCGGUCCAUGCAACCCUGAAGACCCGAAUCGGCUUUGACAUGAGGCCAUUCAAGGAGUACAUCGACAAUGAGAUCCUGGUCACCAUGGCUCAGAUGGACAAACCCUCAAAGAUUUUUGACUACCUUUACUUGGGUUCGGAGUGGAACGCGGCCAAUUUUGAGGAGCUGCAGAAAAACAACAUUGGCUACAUUCUGAAUGUGACGCGGGAGAUCGACAACUUCUUCCCGGAAUCUUUCACCUACAUGAACAUCAGAGUGUAUGACGUGGACGGCACCGAUCUGCUCUCGCACUGGACCGACACGUACAACUUCAUCAACUCCGCCAGGAAGAGCGGACAAGCGGUGUUGGUGCACUGCAAGAUGGGAGUGUCUCGCUCCUCCUCCACCGUGAUCGCUUACGCCAUGAAGCAGCAGCGCUGGCCGCUGGACGUGGCCUUGGCCUAUGUGAGGGAUCGGCGCUCCAUCGUCAAACCCAAUGAUGGCUUCAUGAAGCAGCUGCAGACCUACAACGGCAUCCUCAAUGCCAGCCAGCAGCGUCACAGUUUACUGUGGAGGCGAAAGUCCAAAGACCAAAGGCAGAAAUCUGAGCGGAAGGAUGAUGGGGAGAAGUUGGGCGACGACGAGGAGGACACUGAUGAUGAGGAAGAGGAGGAGGAGGAGGAGGAGGAGGAGGAGGAGGAGGGAUUUGACGAGGUCGACGACAACAAUGAGAGCAGCGAUGAGAACGAGUGUGUGGAAGAGGUGUUUGCACAGCCUGAGGCCAAGCAAGAAGUCGAGCACACAGUGCCACCUGUCGUCGUCACUGCUACAAGUGUCAGUCGGAGCGGGCGGAUGAACCUGUUUUCCCUCAUGCAGUCCAUUAGCGAACUUGAUGAUGUGGAUAAAGGAUGCAAUCAGCCGCCUUCGAGUCCGCGACGAUCACCACGACAACAGAAGCGGAGCCACAGCCGAAAAGGUUUGAUUCACCAGAGCGCCUGUGUGGAUCUGUCACCCGAACCGCGGAGUCUGGCUAACACUGCUCAUGAGAAGCCUUGAAGCAAUCAGAUAGGGAAAAGAAUUUUUUGUUUUUUUUUUAAUAAUAAUGACCUGAAGGAACAGGACUUCAUAUUACAUAGAAAGUGUGGUUGUUGUAUUUUAUGACACAAGGCAAGGCCCGAGUUUAAGCUCCUCUCUUACAUUAUCUAUGUUGUGCAAUUGAACUGAGUGUUCACAGCUGAUGAGAAGUUGUUUCGCUGCAGUAUUUGAACCGGUUUGAGUUGAUCCAGUGUUUUGACGAGAUUUCAACACUCCAGAUGUCGACUAUGCAAUUCUUUCAACACGUUGCCCAGUGAAGGUUUUUGUCCAAUCAGAAGUGACAGGCGACUCCCACAAACUCUUACUGAAGGUUUUACCGUACUUGUUUGUAAGCUGUACUUUAUGGACUACGUCAGGGCCAGUUUUAUGGUGCGCGCCUCUUUGUCAUUAAGUCUGUAUUCCAGUGUGCCAAGGAAUUUAUCCAAUCGAGAUUCUUUGUCAUUAUCAAAUGUACAUUUUAUGUAUUUUAUGUUAUUACAGCUGUAUGAGUGCCUUCUAGCGAUUUCCAUGCUUGAAUUGUAUCAUUGUUUUUGCACAUUGUUGCAUGGGUAAACUGCUGUUUUUGUACCGGGCUGUGCGAAAUUAUCAUUCAGGAAUUCAGUAUGUUCUUUUUGUUUUGCUUCAUUAUUAUAACCUAACCACGAUCCCAACAUGCUGAUCUAAUUUUUCAAUUUUUUCUUCACUGUUUAUUUUUGAUCCAGCUCUUCAGUUUUAGCGUGCACGUACCUUAUUUAUUUUCAAAGGAACCAGUUCGACUUGACCCAACAUCACGCUGUAUCAACAAGUAAAAUGAUUCCAUUUUGUAAGCACUGGGUAAUAUUGCUGACAGUACUUAAUUGCAAUGUACACACCUCACUUGUGUUUACAGGCACAUGAAAAUAAAUGUCGACCAAAGAA